GUACUCUGUGUCCCUAGGACACAGCGGAUCACCAAUCCACGGAAAGAGCCGAAGAUGUCGGCUCGGUCAUGUGAUCAGCUGUGUCCAAUCAUAGCUGAUCACAUGGCACUGAUGAUCAGUGUGGCCCCAGAAGUGCCACCUGUCAGUGUCCAUCAGUGCCAGCUGUCAGUGCCCAUCAGUGCCACGUGCCAGUGCCCAUCAGUGCCACAUCAAUGCCACAUAUCAGUGCCUACCAGUGCACAUCAAUGCCACAUAUCAGUGCCCAUCUGAGCUGCCCUUCAGUGUCACCCAUCAGUGCCAGUCAGUGCCACCUAUCAAUGCCAAUCAGUGCCACCUAUCAGUGCUGCCAGUCAGUGCCGCCUAUCAGUGCAAGUCAGUG